AUGAAAACUCCAUAUGAGGGUGGAGUGUGGAAGGUGCGGGUCCACCUCCCUGACCACUAUCCGUUCAAGUCCCCCAGUAUUGGGUUCAUGAACAAGGUUUAUCAUCCCAAUAUAGAUGAGGUCUCAGGGACGGUCUGCCUCGAUGUGAUCAACCAAGCUUGGACAGCACUCUACGAUCUGUCCAACAUCUUUGAGUCUUUCCUCCCACAACUGCUGACCUACCCAAACCCAAUAGACCCGUUGAACGGGGAUGCUGCAGCCAUGUACCUACAUAAACCUGAGGAGUACAAGAAAAAAGUCCAAGACUAUGUGAGAAAAUAUGCCACAGAGGAGGCUCUGAGAGAGCAGGAGCAACAUGAGAUGUCCUCCUCCAGUGAAUCCUCCAUGUCUGAUUUCUCUGAAGACGAGACCCAAGACAUGGAAUUAUAACAUCGGCCUUCACCAGGGGUUUCUUCUCUCUAUCUUCUUUACAUCGCCUCCUUCUUCAAAGUCAUCGUUCCGCUCGAUCACUCACGUGGCUUGCGUGCUGCCUAGUCAAAGCCACAGCUGUCAAGCAGACGCAGAGUCCAAGUCAUCGGUCACUCAUCACACAUUCUCCUACUCUUCUUCCUUUUCUUUCUGCUGACCCCUGGUUCUAUCAAUGUGUGUCAAUUUUUUUUGUCUGUCAUGCUUCAGUCUGUUCUGUGAACGGCUAUUUGUGGGACGUUCUGCAUGUGAACGGGGGGACAGAACCAAGGCCCAGUGGGGUGAUUUGGGUCUGGUUUUGGGGUAUUGAUGGAUUUUGUGUGGGUCUUGCAAGCUUUAACCUGGGGGUGGAGUGAGGGAAUCAUGACGUUUCACAACCCUUUGUUUCUCAAGAAAUGAUCAGAACUUGAGAAGCUAGCAUGACGAGAUUCUUGGAGUUCAUGUCAGCAGCUCUCUGGCAUUGCAAGGAGUCAUCUGGGGUAGAAAAUACCAAUCAGAAAUCUUGGAUGGAUGACCUCAGUGCAACCCCUUCCUAGAUAUCCACUUAAAAAAUUAUAUAAGUGGUGGUGUUGGGAUGGUGGUCAUCAAAGAUGCCAUGGAGACUGAUCAUGGCUUGAUCAAAGUGGACUGGAUGUGAUCCCUGGAAAGAGAGCAAGUCCUAUGGCUCUAAAAUGUGAUGGGAAAAGAGAUUGAACUUGAAAGUGUCUGUAUCAGGGUGUCGUGGACUGAUUUGCAUCUGGUUCUGGUUGUAUCCUUACUGUUUUUUCAAUCCCUACCUUUGAUAUUCAUUGGGAUGGGAAAGAGGUAAGAGGAGGGAGACAGAGAAAAUUCUGUUACCACCCAGUUAGUGCCAUGAGAUCAAAAUAUGCCCUUGUGUAUCUUGUGACACCUACAUUAUCUGUCUCUCAUGGGCAGUGCAAACCUCUCUUCCUCUUCUCAUUCUAUUUGCAAAUACCUCAAUUCUACUCUUGGGGUUGCUGUCAGUUUUUGACUCUGUCUCUCUCACAUCCUUGGUACAGUAAGUCUUGUAUUGUUCUUGCUUUCUUCCCUUAUGGGGGAUUGCAUGCAUGGAGAUGGCAGGAGGAACUCAUUCAUCCUAGCUCGUAUCCAUUCCCUCUGGAAUCUCCAGGCAUCCCAGUCCUCCAGAAUGACAGCCCGGUGAAAACUGUCCAAGGAGAAAACUCUGUCCUGUCCCCAUGAAAUCCCCCCUUUCCAUUUGAUUCUGGGGCUCCUUUGACACUCUUGGUUCUCCUGCAUCUUGGCCAGACCUCAAUAUUUUUAUUUUCUAAAAAAAUGAGGAAGUAGGGAAGACAAAGAAACCCUGGCCUAUGAUUAUGAUCUCACAAAGGAGAGAAAAAACUCAUCAUCUCAAGUUACUUCCCCUGAGAUGGAACGUCUUGCUCAUUUGUUUCUGUCAGAUGGAGGCAUUAAGACAACAGAACCUCAGACCCCAAGAUUCUGUAAGUUUCUUCAUUGUGAUAACUGGAAGAAAGAGAGAGAGAAAGAUUUAUUCAGAAUUUUAUUCGCCUUGUUUGUGCGGAAACCUCUUCACCUGCAACCUGCUGUUAGGUUUUUUCUCAUCCACUUCUUUCUUUCUCAUGAUGUUUCCCUUUCUCUGGGAAUGUCUGAAUUGUGUAGUUUCCUUUGUACACAGUGCAACUUUUUUUUUCUGUUUGUGGUCUUUCACCACCUUUGUCAAAGGAUGUUUGUUAGGUUUGUAUAUUGUAGAGAUGAGGUAUUUCUUAUGAAAAGUGGAAUAAACCAUACAUAUACUAGAAUCUCAGGGUG